AUGCCUGCAGCUGAUAUGCUUAUUAAUGUAUAUUCUUUAGGAAAAUACACGAGAGACAUAAGUGGCGGAGAACUGUUAAUACCUCAUAGGGUCAACGACGACGGUACAUUUCAUUCAUUUGAUCUAUCGCACUUUUACGACUCCGAAGAAGAAAACGGCCGAAAUAAAAGAUCCACGAAAUCGACUCUGCGCUUUGUAUUGUUGUUUCACGGAAGGCGACAUUCGCUCGUUCUCGAACCGUAUCACGAAUUUAUCUCGGGUUCGUUGAGCAUCGAGAGGAGAUCCAUUGCCGAUCCAACUUCGUCUUUCGGAGAUCGAGUGAACUUCGUAAAACCGAGUGAGCAGAGAUGUUACUACAGAGGUGUGAUUGAAAAAAUGACUAAUUCCCGAGCUAUUGUUUCGCUGUGUGACGGUGUAGCAGGUUAUAUCAAUAUUGAUGACGAUACUUACUUUAUUGAACCAUUGUUGAAAGAUACUCCACAUAUUGAUGGCAAAUAUGUUCAUGUUAUCUAUGGUAAAAACAUAGGCAUAAACAGAAAAAAUAAACAUUCACUUACAAACGAUUGUUUCCUCAAAGAUGGUUGGGAAAAAUCUUGGUAUAACCAGUUUUUUCGCGUUCAAAGUAAAGCAGCAGUGGGAACAUCGAAGCUUGAUAAACGUGAAAUAAAUGAGAGAAAUUUCAAGACUCAUAGUUUAUUUUACACCAUUAAAAUUGCAAUAAUUGUUGAUCGUACGUUUUUAGAUUUUCAUACAAACAUUAAUCACGAGCAAUAUCUGCUCACGAUUAUGAGUAUGGUGUCCAAUUUAUAUCGUGAAUCAAGUAUUGGUAAUCGAAUUGAUAUUAUUGUGGAAAGAAUCGUAUACUUGGAAGGUGAAGAAAACGAGCCGAACUUGCAUAUAAGUAGGAAUGCAGAAAAAACUUUGGAAAGUUUUUCCGGGUGGGUUAAAAAGCUGAAUCCUACUGAUCCUCAAAAUCCAAGUCAUUUUAAUGUAGCAGUUUUAGUUACUCGACGUGAUAUUUGCGCCGAAGGAAAUAACUGCGACAUACUUGGAUUAGCAUACGUUGCGGCCGCCUGCGAUCCUGAUAAGGCCGCCUGCAUUAGCGAAGAUUCUGGGCUAUUACUCGGGGUUGUUAUAGCCCACGAAAUUGGUCACACACUCGGAUGCGCUCACGACUCUGAAAAUAUAAGUGGUUGUCCUUCUCAAGACAGCGACGAUAGUUUUUUCGUCAUGUCGCCAAUCGUUUCUAUCAAUACCAUUCGUUGGUCGUUGUGCAGUCGAAAAUUCAUAACAUCAUUUUUUGAAAGUGGACUCGGAGAGUGUUUGCGAAACGAUCCCAACAAUCUACCAAAAAAAUACAAAUAUCCAAAGAUGCUACCUGGUGCAAUAUAUGACGCGAAUUUUCAGUGUCAAAUGGAUUAUGCUAAUUCUACAUUUUGUGAUUUACAAGAAGUAGACUGUGAAAAUUUAUGGUGUAACGUAGGUAAAAAUACAUGUAAGACAAAGUCUCCGCCAGCUGAUGGUACUAAAUGUGCCGAAGGCAAAUGGUGUUUACGGAAGAAAUGUGUUAAAAUCAACUCGAAUAAACAAGCAGUAAAUGGUGGCUGGGGUACUUGGGGUCCAUAUGGAUCAUGUUCUCACAAAUGCGGAGGUGGCAUACAAUUGGCCGAAAGAGAAUGCAACAAUCCGGUACCGAAAAGCGGAGGAAAAUACUGUACCGGAGAGAGAAAAAGAUACAAUGUUUGUAACACACAGAAUAAUUAUUAA